GGCAGGCGCCGGGCUCGCUGCGCACUCGAGGCACCCACCAUGGCCUCCCGCAGCGCGGGCACCCUGCUGACCGAGUUCAAUGCCACCUACGUGCCCCCUGGCCUCAUGCCCGGGUGCCGCAGGGAGAGGGUGAGCCGAGGAUGUUGGAGGUGGCGAUUGGAUGGUCUCGUGUUACCUUGAUGAAAAAAAUACAGGCUCACGUUUAAGCGAGAAAUUCGGGGAUAAAGGAAGAGGAAGGGGGACACGUGAGGCCGCAGGGUCCGCCGGAGGAUGUCGCAGCCUGGGACAAACACACAGAAACGUGCGUCUCGGUACCAAGGCCAUGUUCCCGGCGUGGCCUUCUCCUUUGGCUCCCCCUACGGCACCGCCACCCUCAAGUAUUUCCAGGACCACCGCAACGCAGCCCUGGAGAAGAGCCGUACUGUCUUCAGCAAAGGCGGCCACUUCCCCACCCUCUUCUCCUCAGACCCCAACCUCGGGCUGAGUAAGCGCUCCCACACCCGGGACCGCUGGCUGCACACCCCCAGCUACACCCGCUUCAACCUGGACAGUGGCCGCUCCGCCCAGCUCACCGGCUUCUACCAGAUGGCGCAGUGGCAUCGGAAGUACUAUCUAGACAAGACGGGCAUGGUGCCCCAGGUGCCCUACUUCAUGCUGCCUGUGAAGGAGUGGGAACGAUACCCCCUCCCCACCGACCUUCCUCCUCUGAGCCCAGAGAAGAAGUGGCACCUUUUAAGAGUAUCUCCCGAGAACUUGAAGACCUACCAGAGGUUCCCCUCGGGGAAGAGGGUCACCCCCCACGAGCGGCAGAGGAGAGACUGCUACUUUGAGUUCAGAGCGUGAUGCUGGAGAGCUUGGCCCUGACCAGGUCGGCUUUUCGGAAUAAAAUCUUUAGCCACGUCCAAA